AUGGAUGUUGGUAUGGAAACUGAAAUCAGUUACUUUUGUGUUCUAACAAAUCUUAGUUUUAGGUGUGGAAGUGGUAAUAAAGGACAAACUAUUAUGGAUGUAAUUGAUGCACGUUGUAAAGCUCAUGAUGGAUGUUACAAAGGCUGGGGAUCAUUGGCAUCGUAUUAUCUCAUCAACGACUUUACUUGGGAAUGUAUGAAUGAUCCAUCAUCUGCGCAAUACAAGGCUUGCCUGUAUGACAAGAUAGCAGCGCAAUGUUUUGCUCGCAAUACAUACAAUCCAAAUAUGAAAGGAAGAUGUACGUAA